UUUCCCAGGUGGUAGCUACAUCUGUAGCUAUAGCUACUCCUGCUUUCUCAGAUUUGUGGAGGGAAUGACUUGCGCCCUUGAUGAAAAAGCGACUUCUUAAAUAACAGCAAGUUGUGCGCUCUUGGAAAGUUGUGCAGGCUGCAGACUUCAGGGAGGCAUCUCUGCUGUCGGACUCCUCUCAGGAAUGCAGCGGGAAGUGUGAGGAGUAGGAAGGAGCUCACUUUUCUCAUGUUACCAAAUGUAGUGUAAAGCCAUUGUUUCGGGCGUUUGGCUGUGAGAGUAUGUUGACCGGGCUGCUUUUCCAAGACUUUAAACUUCACACCAUCGACCUUCAAGGAUUAUUAAAGACUGAGAGCUUCGCGGCGACCACUUCUGCAUCAUGGGCUGCAACAAGAUGCUGUGGGCUGUGGUGGGGGCUGCUGUCGUCAUCACGUUAAUAACGAUCCCAGCAGUUUAUUUCAGCAAAUCUGACGGAGCCAAAAAGCCCUUCUCCUUUGACGAUUACUUCAACGACACCAUUAGGUGGAAAUCCUACAAUUUGUAUUGGAUAUCAGACAAGGAAUAUCUGCAUAAAACAAGAGAUGGGAAUAUCUUUCUCCAUAAUGCUGAAACAAAUACGGAGUCCAUUUAUUUGAGCAAUUCAACCUUUACUCAAGUGGAUGCCACAGAUUACAUGUUGUCGGGUGAUUAUAAAUACAUCGCUUUUGAAAGCAAUUUCACAAAGAAAUGGAGACAUUCAUACACAGCGUCUUACUCCAUCUAUAACAGGGAGAGUUCGACAUUUGUUACACCUGUCAAUCAUCCAACUAUUGUGCAGUUCUUUGCCUUCGCCCCAACAGGCAACAAAUAUGCCUACGUGUCAGACUAUAAUGUUUUUUUCAAAUCCAACAUCACUGCUGAAGUUGUACAAGUCACGAACAAUGGGAAAAAUAAUGAGAUCCUGAAUGGUGUCCCUGACUGGGUAUAUGAGGAGGAAGUGUUUGCAUCAAACGGGGCAUUAUGGUGGUCAUCAACUGGAAAAUUCUUGGCAUAUGCAGAGUUCAAUGAUACAGAUGUUCACAAAGUGGAGUUCUCGUGGUAUGGGGCUGCGCAGUAUCCUGAAACAGUGGCUUUCCCAUACCCGAAGGCUGGCUCUCCCCUUACCAAGGUGAAAUUGUUUGUGGUUGAUGCCACAAAUCCAUCCAUCCGCUCGCAGGUGGUUGCCCCCGCUUCUGUAUCUUCUGGUGAUCACAUGUUGUGCUCAGUGACCUGGGUUACAGACGAGCGCGUGGCUGUGCAGUGGGUCACAAGGAAACAGAAUUACGUGGUUGUACAGAUCUAUGACUUUGAUGGAAGCAGCUGGCAAGAAAAACAGAAAUUUGAGCAAACAAGCAAGACAGGAUGGGUCGGCCGUUACAUGCCCUCACCACUUUUCUUUGCUGAUGAUAAAAUCAGUUUCUACAAAGUGAUGAGUGACGCUCAGGGCUACAAACAUAUUCAUUUUGUGAAAGAUGGCAAAGCGACACCUAUUACCUCUGGAAAGUGGGAAGUCAUCUACAUAUCCAAAUUAACGAAAGAUGCCAUUUAUUUUAUUAGUAAUCAGAACCAAGGAAUACCUGUGAAGAGAGAUGUGUACAAGGUGUUGAUUGGAGGCAGCCCUUCUACUCCUCAGUGUCUCUCAUGCAGCCUGCAUAAGGACAGGUGUCAGUACAACUCUGCUUACUUCAGCUUUGACGCCUCUUUCUACCGACUAGACUGCUACGGACCUGGGUUGCCCCUCUACUCGCUGGUGGACAACAGGGGCUCCGGUGCAGAGCUCUCUGUUCUUGAGGAGAAUAAGGGACUGGAAAAUAUUCUGUCAGAAUUCCAAAUGCCAACAAUGAAGUAUGGCACGCUGAAGAUUGCGGGAUAUGAUCUUUGGUAUCAAAUGAUGUUACCACCAAAUUUCAAGAAGUCUAAAAAAUAUCCUCUUCUCAUUGAUGUGUAUGGGGGGCCCUGUAGUCAGGGGGUGGACUAUCGCUUCAAGCUGAACUGGGGCACGUACCUCUCCAGCUCACACGGCAUCAUCGUCGCCAGCUUUGAUGGAAGGGGAAGCGGUUACCAAGGAGACGAAAUAAUGCAUUCAAUCUACAAGCGCCUUGGGACGUACGAAGUGGAGGAUCAGAUAUCAGCUGUGAGGAAAUUCAUCGACAUGGGUUUUAUUGACAAACAGAGAAUAGCAAUAUGGGGCUGGUCCUAUGGUGGUUACGUCACCUCAAUGGCCUUGGGUGCUGGAACUGGACUCUUCAAGUGUGGAAUAGCAGUUGCCCCCGUGGCAAAGUGGGAAUAUUAUGAUGCAGUGUACACUGAACGCUACAUGGGGAUGCCUGCAGAUAAUUCAGACUCCUAUAAAAAUUCUGCAGUGACAGCUAGAGCAAAGAACUUCAAAACUGUAGAUUAUCUUCUGGUUCAUGGCACAGCAGAUGAUAAUGUCCAUUUCCAGCAGGCAGCACAGAUCUCCAAAGCUCUGGUGGAGGAGGAAGUGGACUUUGAGGCGAUGUGGUACACUAACAAGGACCAUGGACUUAGAGGAUCAGCCCACCAUCAUACAUAUAACCUCAUGAGCCACUUCCUGCAGAAAUGCCUUGUUAAGCCCAAAUAAAUGUGAAAAAUGUGACAACAUUUACAGUAUGGUGACAAGACUUUCGUAUUUCUAAUGUUUUUUUAUUUUAUUGUAUUAAUAUUCUGAAAUGUCAGGUCAAACUAUGUACAUUUGUUUUUUGUAUGUGCAAUGGAUGUUUGAUUGCUCAUACAUGAGCAUUCGUAUUUUAUGUGGACUUAGGGAACAUUUUUCUGAAUAUCUGAUAUUAUAAACAUUGCUAAAGCCUUUGCAUGCGUUCAUGGUUGAAAUUAGCCUUUUUUUAUGUGAAUAUGAUGUCAUUCAAUAUAUUUGUUUAAAUGUGCAUUCAUGUUCUGUUGAAUAAACAUUGUUUUAUAUAACA